ACCUUCACCUCAGACUGAGUCCUCUUUCUACAGACCCACCCUCUGAACCAUCAGAAGAAAAUCCCAGUUCAAGAGCACAAUUGAAUUUCUUGACAACACUCUUCUAAGCUCAGCGCCUACAACAAAGACGAAAGAUUAUCGUCACUCAUUCGGCAAAAUGCCGUACAUCAUCAACGUACCGCACAUGCCCCGCCCUUACAUCACCAACAACCCUGCCGUGUAUAUGGACUGCCUUUCCUGGGGCUGGCAAUGCGAGUCACGACCAUUCUCAGACCCCUACUGCAAGACAGCCCGCAGGCGAGAGGAGGCGAGGUACGAGGCUGACAAGAGGGCCGAGCAAUUGGACAAGUACUAUUCACAAGAACUUGCACGCCGCAAGCACGCCAAGCGAUCCAUGUCCAUUACCAACCUGGGCCUCACGAAGUCUCUCAAGCCGUUUCAAGGGUUUGGGAGGCACUCGAGGCACGAUUCGGUGACCGGCGUGACAGUUAUGGAGCUGGGCUCCGAUGUCGAGGAUGUCGACCUGAGUGAUUGAGCGUGACCGUCUGGCAUAGGACCUUCACACAAGCGACGGCGUUUUCGGCAUCAGACGACACGAUUUACGGCAUCUUCUCUUCUUAGACUUAGGCUUCAAAAACAAGCUUCUUCCUUUAUCUCACCGAAUAGUUGCAUCCAA